UUAAUUUUCGAAGCAAUCCAUCUAAGUAAGUAACUAACCAUCUAGAGUUUGCAAAUCUCGUCCAUAUAUAUAGCCAACCUUUUUCUUUUUCUCUCAUCAAGCUAGCUAGCUUUCUCUCCUCAUUUUUCGUAUAAUCCGAUUUGCCUAAAAAUGGUCGAGGGAGAGUCCAAGGCAUUGUGGUUUAUAGUGGCCACCGUGUUAGCAGCCGCAGUGGUCGCACCAGCGGCGCAUGGACAGCAAGCGCCGUGUUACUUCGUGUUUGGAGACUCUGUCUUCGACAACGGUAACAACAAUGCCUUGAACACUUUGGCAAAGGUCAACUAUUUACCUUAUGGUAUAGACUUUCCCCAAGGUCCAACCGGUCGGUUUAGCAACGGUCGGAAUACUCCAGACGUAAUCGCUGAGCUAGUGGGUUUCAAUGAUUACAUUCCACCGUUCGCCGGAGCAUCACAGGCACAAGCUAACGUCGGACUCAACUAUGCUUCCGGUGCCGGCGGUAUCCGCGACGACACCAGCGAAAAUAUGGGUGAGCGAAUCAGUUUGAGACAGCAAGUAGAGAACCACCAGUCGGCGAUCAUAAAAGCGCUGGUGCCACGGAGUCGGUUAGAGCAAUGUCUAUACACAAUCAGCAUCGGAAGCAACGAUUACCUAAACAACUACUUCUUGUCGCCUCCUACAGUUGCUCGUCGUCUAUAUAAUCCUGACCAGUUCGCUCGAUCUCUCAUACGCCGCUACCGUAUCUAUUUGCUGCAAUUGUACGCAUUAGGAGCGAAGAAUGUAGCUUUGUUCAGUAUUGGUAAGAUAGGAUGUAUACCACGGGUUGUUGCUACCCUUGGUGGCGGCAUUGGCUGUGCAGAAGAAGUGAACCAAGCAGCGAGUAUCUUCAACACUUACCUCAAAUCCCUAGUCACAGAAUUCAACAACAAAUCUGGAGCGAAGUACACUUAUGCUGAUACCUUCUCUGGAAAUGCUGAAGAUUUCGCUGCUCUAGGGAUUACGGUUGGCGAUAGGAGUUGCUGUACGGUUGAUCCGGGGCAAGAACUUUGUGCGGCGAACAAACCGGUUUGUCCAGACCGAAACACAUACAUAUUCUGGGAUAACGUGCACCCCACGGAAAUUAUUAAUGUAGUGGUGGCUAACGCAGCGUAUAACGGAACCAUAGCUACUCCGUACACCAUAUCCCAGCUUGUGAAUUGAAAAUUAGGGCUUAAUAGAUCCAUUGUAAAGCAUAUGGUAUAGGCCCUUUACUACUGUAAACCGGGUUUCGUCUAGCUAGAUGGAAACCAUCUAUCAUAAACACAUAAUAAUAUCAUAUAUAUAGACUGAAUAAUGGAAUUACAAAGGUUUGUAAUAGUUGACCAAAAAAAAAGAAAGGAUUGCAACAUUACUAGUUAA